UUGACUUUGCACCCUGCUGCUCAGAUGUUUAGAAAGAAAAGGGAGAAAGGGCAAGAGAGAGAAAAGGGGAAAAGUAUAUUCUGUGUGGCUUUAUUCUGGUAGACAGUGUUAAGUGUGUAGAGGGAAACACUUUCCUAUUCACGAAGGUGCAUUGCUUUUCUCUCUCCCAGGCUUGGGGGAAAAGGCUGCCAUGGGAAUAAGUAUUGAUCCAGGGAAGGAGGGAGACUGAGUUGCAAAAUGAAAGAUAAAAAUGUGAGGAUGCUAACAGGAAUGGGAAAUAGGAAGGCAGCUACCUGGAGCAGGUGGCCGAGGGGCCAGGAGAGGGCAGCCAGAGCACAGGAGCUGCGGUGGCCCAGGCCUUGAGUGCUGCCCCCAACUUUUUCUUGAGCGAGAGUUGGGGUUGGGGUCCCGCCCUGGUGGUGGCCUCAGCCCUUGAGGCCCAACCUACUGAAGCUGUGGACUCUGCCCAAGGUUUCUGCUGAGCGGAGAAGACUGGCCAGCGCAAGUCUUGGACUCAACUUGUCCCACAGAAACCUGGGCUUCUGUCUCCCUGAGAGCCACCUCUUCACCCCAAAUCUGAAAGGUCUGGCCCAUGGAGGACGACGUGCAGAGACCAAGGGAGACUGUUUCCCUCACACCCGUGACCCUCGGUGUGGACAAUAUGGGGGCUGAGUUCCUGGAAAGUUUGGAGGAAGGCCGACUCCCUGGCAGCAGUGACUCAAGCCAACAAGGCGGGCAUACUGUGGAGAGGAAGCCUCCGUGGGGAUGGAGAAGCUUUCGAGGAAGACCCAGGCUACUCUUGCGAUGGAUGGGCACAGGACUGCUCUGUACUGCAUAUGCCGCCUUCCUGCUCACUGCCUGCCUUCUGGACUUCCAGAGGGCCCUGGCACUUAGCAUUGUAACCUGUGUGGUCCUAGCCUUCCUGGUCCACAGCCUGCUGAAGAGGUGUUUGGGCCCAAGGCUGAGGAGCUGUGCGAUGCUUCGGGGCCACCCUCGCCUGCGCCUCUGGUUUAACAGAGCUCUUGCCCUCACUGCGGCCCUGGCCUUGGCCUUGUGGCUGGCGCUGGACACUUCCCAGAGGCCUGAGCAGCUGGUGUCCUUCGCUGGGGUCUGUGUGUUUAUCUCCAUCCUCUUAGCGUGCUCGAAGCAUCGCCAUGCUGUGUCCUGGCGGACUGUGUCCUGGGGCUUCGGGCUCCAGUUUGUGCUUGGACUCUUCGUCAUCAGAACAGAGCCUGGAUUUAUCGCGUUCCAGUGGCUUGGUGAUCAGAUCCGCAUCUUCCUGAGCUAUGCUGCCGUGGGCGCCAGCUUUGUGUUUGGGGAGGCGCUGGUCAAGGCCGUCUUCGCCUUUCAGGUUCUGCCCAUCAUUGUUUUCUUCAGCUGCAUCAUGUCAGUGCUCUACUAUUUGGGCCUGAUGCAAUGGGUGAUUCUGAAGAUCGCCUGGCUGAUGCAGAUCACCAUGGGCACCUCAGCCACUGAGACCCUGAGUGUGGCAGGAAACAUCUUUGUGAGCCAGACUGAGGCUCCUCUAUUGAUCCAGCCCUACCUGGCAGACAUGACACUCUCUGAAGUCCACGUGGUGAUGACAGGGGGCUAUGCCACCAUUGCCGGUAGCCUGCUGGGCGCAUACAUCUCUUUUGGGGUCGACGCCAGCUCACUGAUAGCAGCGUCCGUGAUGGCUGCUCCGGGUGCCCUGGCCCUGUCCAAGCUGGCCUACCCCGAGGUAGAGGAGGCCAGGGCCCACGGUGAGGAAGGAGUGAGGCUGAGCUACGGAGAUGCUCAGAACCUCGUAGAAGCCCUCAGCAGUGGAGCUGCCACCUCGGUGAAGGUCAUUGCCAACAUCGCUGCCAACCUGAUCGCGUUCCUGGCUGUGCUGGCCUUCGUCAAUGCAGCAUUGUCCUGGCUGGGUGCCCUGGUGGACGUCCCGGAGCUCAGCUUCCAGGUCAUCUGCUCCUACACGCUGCGGCCAGUAGCCUUCUUGAUGGGUGUCCCCUGGGAGGACUGCCCGAUUGUGGCCGAGCUACUGGGGACAAAGCUCUUCCUGAAUGAGUUCGUGGCCUACCAGGGUCUGUCUGAGUACAAGCGGCGUCGCCUGGCUGGGGCUGAGGAGUGGGUUGGUGCCAGGAAGCAGUGGAUCUCAGGCCUCUGAGAACCCUCUUUCCUGAGCGUCUCUGGUCGCACUGUCCUUGUGUUGAUAUCCUGGAUCGAUUCAAAAUGCUUCCCUUUCAUGCUCACUUUGACUCUGGGGAAGAGCCAGGAGACACACACCCAGUGCCAGCUCUGGUGACUGAGGUGAACAAGGGCAUAAGGAUGUUUUUACAAGCCUGCUUCUCCAUUGGCUGACCUUUACAAGCCCGCUUCUCCAUUGGCUGACCUUUACAAGCCUGCUUCUCCAUUGGCUGACCUUUGGCGGCAGCUUUCACUGUGUUUUUAUUUCAACUCAUAAAGAACGCAAAGCCGAGGACCUCCAGAGCUGCUUGAGCAGGUGGCAGGAGUGAUGGGAUGAGUGUGCUCAAAGGGAAAGGAUUUAGAGGGGAUUCGGGGCGGCAUGUCUUCUGCUGUAAUACUUUGUUUGUUUUGCUAUAAUACAUUGUUAAAAUGUAACCCUGCUGGGUGUGGCGGUGCAGGCUCCCAGGACCUGGGAGGCUGAGGCAGAAGGAUCACUGUAAAUUGGAGGCCAGACUUGGCUACAUAGUGAGUCCAGGCCAGCCCAAACUAAGUAGUGAGACUCUGUCUCAAAAUACAUACAUACAUAUAAAAUAAAUAAGAUGGAACCAUUCACUGUGUAUCUGGACCCCCCGCCGUGGGUGGGAAUGAGCUGGGCAGGCAGGCUGGUUGGGCUCCAAGGGUCCCCCCUCUCCUCAGCUUGCAUAAGAGGCUGCUUUAGUGUCCAGCACAGGCUGGGCAGGGCCACAGGGAGGGGCUGGGCCCGCCUGAACUACCCCAGUGCAGGUUAAAGGGGUGAAGCGGGAGCUAACAGAUAGCCGGGAGGGCACAGGCAGACAGGUCACAGAGCUUGAAGGUCAGGCGCAGAGAGUCUCCUGACUAUGGCCGUGGCUGGGUGGUGUGGGGCCCGGCAUCUCUAGGGGAGGCUCUCCUCAUCACUGCCUGAA